GGAGAAACAAAUUAUAUAAGUACCAGUCGACAGUAUUUUGUAAACAAAAAUCACAUGCUCCUGACAAUGUAUAUAUUAAGAAGGAAAAUACCAUUUUUUACAACCUGAAUGCCUUUCUAUCGAAUUUGAGUUACAAUCAGAAAGUUAUAUAUUUCAUUUUAUUCUGCACUCUGGUCUGACAGUGCUCUAAAAACUACCAGUAUAAAAAAAAAUCAGAAAAUGGAUGCUAGCAGCUAUGAAGUAUAUGAAGAGCACCUGAAACAUUUAGAAGAACAACUUGUUACAGUUACCAUAGAAAAUCAAAGCCUUGUAAGUGAACUCAAUGGUUAUAAAGACAAAGAAUCAUUGGAUAGAUUAAGAGCAGAGAUUGAGAUUGAAAGAAACAGAUACAAAAAGUUAGAAGAGAAAUUCAAAAAACAUGAGAAAGAUGAUAUCAAACAUAUUCAGAGCUUUGAUAGUGCUCAGGGAUGGGUUGAUGUAUCUAUCAAAUCCAGUAGUUCAGAUGAGAAAUCCUCUCCACCACCGAAGUCAACAAAGAAAAGAGUUGGAAGAAAUAAAAAGUUUGACUUAUUGUGGAGGAGAAUAGUGAAUUCUGUAUAUAACUUUAUGGAUGAUUUUACAGAGGAACCUGAAGAACAGAAUGAGAAUGAAGAUGGAGAACCUCUCACUGUUAAACAAUUAAAAGCUAAUAUCAACAGAUUUAGUUCUGAUUUAAAACCUUAUAUAGAUACAAUCAAAGGAAUACAGCAGCUACUAGCUUGGAAGACUCCAUCUUAUACUUUACUAAUGUUCAUGAUUUAUUUGAUUGCUAUAUGGCAUGGUUGUUUUGUAUCUGUGAUAUUGUUUUGUUUGGUUGUGAGAAUGAUGGUUAGUUAUUUAAAUCAUUUGGGAUUCCAAAUCAAGUUCAAUUUUUUCCAGGCACUAGAAGAACAAAAGCCUAAAGAAGAUAGCAGUUCUGGAAUUACAGAUAAAUUUAGCCUGGUGAUACAAGUGGCAAGAAAAGUUCAGAAUGGACUAGGGGCUGCUGCAGAUGGUUUGGAGAAAAUACAAAGUUUACUAUCUUGGAAGACGCCAGUGACCAGAAAGUUAUUUAUGAUGUUAUUUAUCUGUUUUAUUAUGUCGUUUACUGCAUCUAUGGAACACUACAGUUAUAUAAUGGGUAUAAUUUUAGGAAUAAAAAUGUUUAUUAUCAACUACUUUUAUAAUCGAUAUCCACGAUUGAAGAGAAGGUACGAUUCAACAUACAAAACCUGGCAACAGCUUCCUACAACAGUAGAAUGUGAACAAAAAAUGGUUAAGUCAGAAAUAAAUAAGUUCAUAUUGUCAGACACAGAGACAACAUCAGAAGAGUGUGCUGCUGAAACAUCAUCAAAAACAAAGAAAAUCAAAGAUACAGAUGCAGAAUUUUGUCAGUUAUUUUCUUUACCGAAUUCAGAAUGUCCAGUGUCAGGAUGGCAGGGUGGGAAGAGAUGUUCUCUUGUUAACAAAGAAAAGUCAGUUUUAUCAGGAUUAAAAAAUGGAAAGUUAUAUCUUACAAGGAGUUUCCUGUGCUUUGAAAGGACAAAGACACCAUCAAAGAAAAAUAUUGUUGUACCAUUAGCAGAUAUAACAGAAAUGUCAAAAGCCAAACCAUAUGCAAUAUUACCAGGAAGUGGAAUGUCAAUAGAAAUAAAAUUAGUUGGUGGCAAGGUGUUUACAUUUGGUGCCAUUGUAUACAGAGAUGAAGCGUAUGAUAGUUUGAUACAAGCAGGAAUAGAUCAAGCCCUUCCCUGGGCUACAGGGGUGCCAUUAAACCAGGAUACAUUACCUACAUCAUCACUCAGAAGGAGAAGUUCGGCAAAAAGUAUUUCUAAUUUUACCUGGGCAGCUGAUUAUACGGAUGCUGACUGAACUAUUACAGAAACGAAAUAAUAGUACACUAUUCGUUAUUGCAAAACGUACUUAGAUUUACCGCUUCCCCAUCAUUCAUGCUGUUCAAUGUUGUCAUGAAAUUAAAUAAGGAAUCAAGAUUCGAGUAAAAAAAAAAUAUAUGUUUAUAUUUGUUUGAAAUCAGGCAUUGCAUGAUUUGAUGUCAUUCUUAAAAUAACAUACAUGUAAUAUUUGUCACAGGACAUAAGGCAAACUCACCAAACAUUUAGUAUUUUUAUAAUAAGGUAAAUCUUGUUGCUUCCAGAAUCGAUUCGUAUUUAACAUAUAUGUAUGAUUUUUUUCCCACUUCAAAAUCUUUGCCUAAAAUCUUCCUGUUUUAUGUAAGACUUAUGUAGAAGAAACACUUAUCUGACAUGUUUAGAUUAUAAGCCUGUAUGUUAUAGUAUGUAUAUGCCAAUUGUAUAUGUAUUUAUGAAAUUCCAAAUGUCAAUCUGUGCAUUCAUAUAUCCACCGGUCCUAAAUCUUCACAAGAGUACUUAAUGAUUUCCAGGUUUUCCAGAUAUAGUGUACUUUUAGUUGUAAAAAUAAACAAUAUUUCAUGUCUAUGAUAACUUUCAUGAUAACUCAACAUGCGAAUACAGAAGUCACUGGUAUGAAUAGAAAAUUUACUUUCCUCUAAUCACAUCUAAGUCUACAAGCAAUGUCUAGCUCAGUGUCUAGCUGAUUUGUUGACAGGUGUAUCCAGUGCUCUUAUCACAGCUGAUUUUAAUGUCUUCUUGAAUAUUCAGGAAUGAUUCAUUACAAAAUUGUCUUUGAUUUAAAAAUACAAUUGAAAAUGGAAAUAUUCAUUGUUGGCAUUGUGUUUUUUUGUUUUUUUUUCAUACAAAAUAGGUGUACACAGAUUUUAAUGUUCAUCUUUUAGAAAGCCAAUUUUCUAUUGUUAUAUUAGCUAUACAACUAUACUCAAUUUUACAUUUUUAUAUAUAGUUUUUUUACGCACAAAUGCAAUAAAAGAAUU